GCCGCGCUCAAUGACGUAGAUUUUGGGGGCAUUGUUAAAUCAGGUCCAGCGCGUGUGUCACUUUUAAAUGGCGUUUUUCGAGCUUUAGUGUGGUUUAGCCAUAAACAACCAGGAAGUCUGACACUAACGGGACCUCGCUGCAGACGCCACAGCGCGACGUGGACUCACUGGGUCGUGUAAACAAAGCAUUUAAGCCACACGGGCGCUAGCAAAGCUAACACAAAGGAAACGCGUCGGAUUGGGGCGUUUUAAACUAAAACAAUAUUACUGGUGAACGUGUGAAUGAUCGAGUGCUGCACGAGCUGCUCUCUCCAGAUAGUUCACCAGCUCCAGCUGUGGGGCAACAGAUCGGGCUUUGUUGGAACAGGAACAUCAAAGCCCUGACUCGCCAUUUGACAGCCUGUCAAAAGUCUUUGAUCAAACUCGGGUUAUUUCUCCGAUCUAAUCUAACUCGCGGGGUGCUGUUCUAGCUGUUAUUAGUACGGUAUCCCCCCCGGUGUGGAGGAAGAAGCGGCCCAUUAUGGCGAUAAUCGCGGAAGGGAAGAUGCACAGGGAGUCUCCUGAAAGAAAAAGUAGGUAGCGAGCUAGCCAGCGGUUAACCCGGGUGGGAUAGUUCAUCUUUCUCCCGCUGUCGCGCUUUUAAUCGCCUCUGGCUCGGUUUUAAGAAGCUGACCCGCGUGUUUAUUGACAGUUGACACCAGCGUCCACAGUCCCCAGGAGUUGGGUUAGCAUUCGGCUAACGGGCUCAUGCGCUAGCGGAGCUAAAAGCUAACUUAGCAGCUUCCCCCCCCAUUGACACAGUGACGACAGCCAGCUUCUCGCUGCUGCUGCUCAAGUGACAAGACGGGAACUCACGGCGGUUACUCCUCAUCCGGACUCACAAUGGCAGCCGCCACGACCGAGGCCGUGUUUCUGUUGAAGGAUGUAAAGCCCGGGUCGAAGAACCUGAACAUCGUCUUCAUCGUUUUGGAAAUAGGACGAGUCACCAAGACGAAAGAUGGCCACGAGGUGCGCUCCUGCAAGGUGGCGGACAAGAGCGGGAGCAUCGCGAUCUCCGUGUGGGACGAGCUGGGCAGCCUCAUCCAGGCUGGAGACAUCAUCAAGCUCACCAGAGGCUAUGCAUCCAUAUGGAAAGGAUGCCUAACUUUAUACACUGGAAGAGGAGGAGAUCUGCAGAAGAUUGGAGAGUUCUGUAUGGUGUAUUCAGAAGUGCCCAACUUCAGUGAACCAAACCCAGACCUGCAAUCCCAAACAAACCAGCAGAACAAGUCUGGUAAACCUGACCAGAACCAAAGGGGGAACUCUCCGCCCAAUCAAAAUUCAGGUACAGCGGCCCAACCAGGUAAUGGUGCCAUGACACCGUAUACCCCCACCAACAACAACCCACCAUCCGGUGCACCCCGUGACCCCACGUAUGGAAAUUCCGGGCGACCCAACGGUCGGUCACCCGGCAACGGAGCACCACCCUCGUCGGUUUCUGGACCCCCAACAGCCCCAAAGUCCUCAGUUACCAUUAGCAACGGCAGGGACCCACGCCGUGCCAAAAGAUGAGAUUGAGGUGUGGCUGAUUCGAGUGGGCGUAUGAUGUUGCCCUCAUUAUAACUCUCUGAGCCUUCCCGAUCACAGCCUAGAUUGACUUUCAGAAAUAACCAGUUAAAUUGGGGACUAUUUGCAUUAUUGUUCCAACAGGCCAACAAAGUCAAAUGUGUCGUCUGUCAUGCGUCGUGCAAGUGGUUCUCUCAGCAAGCAGCACAGUGUGAUUUGUGAUCCACCACUCGAUGCACGAGCAGGAACUGUUGGGUUGCGGUCGGCCGUCUCAGUCUGCACCCUUGUCGUCUUAAAUCACUGCAAAUUGCCAGUUCUGUUCCAGUGUUACCCCCCUCCCCCCCAAAAAACCACACACGCUGUCCUAUAACCCUUCCUUCUUCGAACGACACACCCUACUUGAACACUCGAUGCACUUUCUUCUCUUAAUUUAUGUCGGGGACAAACUUGGCUGUCAUUUAAUUCAGGAAAUCCGUUUCUGCUUUUUUUUUUUCUGUAUUUUUAGUGGGAAAAGGCCUUAAAGUUAGUGAGUGAGUUCUCGGACUGAAUGAACAAGGGUCUUCCCCUCUCUUAGCCAAACUGCAUCCCAAGUGACUGUGGAAAGGACAGGUGUUAGUUUUGAACUUUUAAACUGAUUUCUUUUUGUUUUUCAUCCUUAAGACAUGUUUUCCUUGUUUGCCAUCAGUUGUACUCUUCGAGGUGGGACCACUUAAGAGACUGGCAAAAUAGUUCACCGAAAUAAAUUUUACAGUAAUUUUGCUGCCA